CUAAUGUCAAAAAUGACAAAAUUGGCGAUAUGGCGAUUGGCGAAUACGACAGUAUCGUAUAGUUUUUAGCACAGUGGAGUGCAGAAGUACGUAAACAUACAUUUUUACGAAUACUUUACGAUUUCCAUAUACAGAAGGUACUUCUCAACUUACAUUUUCUCAGCAUGAAUGUAUGCCUAACAUUAUAACAAAUCUAUAAAAACCAGUAGCAGAUACAAGCAGUGAAAUAAAACUUUCUUUGGCUGAACGCAGAAUUGAAAAAAAAAUGUCUGCGACAGAUAACGGUGACAACCAGCCUGUAAAUAUACCUUUGUUUUUGAAAAAACUCUGGAAAAUGGUUAAUGACAAGGAUAAUCAAGAUAUAAUUAGUUGGAAUUCUACUGGUGAUGGUUUUGUGAUACAUGAUGCUGUGCAGUUUAUUAUGAAGCUGUUACCACAUUAUUUUAAGCACAACAAUUUGUCCAGUUUUGUGCGCCAGCUAAACUUCUAUGACUUCCACAAAAUAGCAUCCACAGAGAAGGAUGAAAUGCAGUUUGCCCAUCAUUACUUCCUCAAAGAUCUGCCAGAAACCUUGGUAUUUAUUACCAGAAAAGUGCCCAAUCUCAAACCGAGAUUCUCCAAAGAAGUUGAUGAAGAAGAUAUGAAAAAUAUUCUAAAUGGCAUGAAAGACAUCAAAAGCAAACACAACUUAGUAGAUAAAGAAUUAAAGUUGUUGAAACAAGAAAACAACACUUUAUGGAGUGAAAUAAAUAAUUUACGAGUGAAGUAUUCCAAGCAAACCAAAAUCAUCAACAAGCUCAUCCAUUUUCUCAUUUCAUAUAUCCAUCAAAAUCAGUAUGGCAGACGCACCCCAAAUGUCAUCAAGAAGAAUAACCCUAGGAAUAUUAAUUCUAGGCCAUCUCUGCUGGAGAUUGGCUAUAAGCCAUCACAACUCAAAGGGGUUGCUGAGAAGUAUCUUCAACCAGGAAGUAGUGGGGCAUUAAUUUAUGAUGUAGAUUCUUCAGAUGACAAUAUUCAAGAGCAACUAAAUUCUGAAGAAGCCUUAGACAAUAUUUUGAAUAUCAAAACUGAGGACAUUGGAGAUGAUUCUACGUACUCCGUUCAGUUCCCAAAUAGUCCGAGUAGAGUUGUUGAAGAUAUAAAUAUGGAUGGAGAGACCGACUCAUUUCCUUUGGAAGAAAUAAUAGAUGAACAACAGACUGAUAUUCCCUUUGAAGAACAGACUGCUGAACCAGAAAUGGAAUCUAGGAAACUUGCACAAAUAUCAAGAAACAAUACUUUAGAAGAUGUAUAUCAGAUUAAAAACCCCGCGUCAAACACCAUCACAUACUCCAUUAAGUACCCUAAGAUACACGCGUUGCCUAAAAAAAGGGUCUCACAACCUGCAAUAACUCAAGCAGAGGUAGCUCCGAAAAAAAUGAAAAUACACAGUGUCGUAAGCGUACCGCCUCUUCAGUCAGCCCAACCAGUGAGGGAAGACAAAACACACAGAAGCUCUGUGCCAAGAUUGAACCAAAUGGUGCUGCCUCGAAAGCAAGCUGCCUUGUUGGCUGAUCUGGUAUCAACAUCAGGAAUCAAGCAAGUACCUACAACACUAUCCUCAAGUUUGAGAUUUCAGCAAGCUGCUACUUCCAGAGGUAGUCAAAAGGAGAAAGCUGAUCCGAAUUUGCAUCAGGUUUCAAAACAAACAAAGUCCCUCAAAUCCCAGUUACAACCUGGCACAGCUAGGCAAGGCUUAGAACAGAUUGGUAAAUCUAAACUCAAAAAGCAAGCUGUUAGACAAAAACAUGAUGGGGCUUCGUUACAACGAUCUAGUCCACAGACACACAGAAGCCAAGUUCCUCAGUUGGUCUCUCAAUUGAGUCCCAAGACCACACAACCCAUAUCAACACAAAGAGAAUCACAAGCUGCAACAAAACAGCCUACGAAUAUGCCACAGUUAAUCAUAAAUCAGAACAGUGAUAAGUCGCCACUUGAAAGAGACGAGACUUCUGUUGCCAGUCCAUACACCGGACAAAUAGCAUCAGGCUCGCAGCAGGACAAACGUCAAGCAGCGCGAGAGAAACCUAUACAACAACGCGCUGUACCCGAAAAGAAAAUCUCAUCAAAAACGUUGCAGCCCCCCUUAGUAAGUUCUAAACAACUUAAACAAAAUAUCAGGAGGCCUAAAAAUGUACAGUGUCAAAAUUCGGAAGCAUCUGAGCUAGAAAGGGGAGCUGACAGCAGUAGUGGUAGUACCUCAGCUAUUGCUGGCAGCUCUACUUCGGAAACUACCUUGAAUGACCUGUUGAUAGAUGCAGAUGUGCUCAGCGAUUUACCAACGAGGCUUCCGUCUCAGGUAAGCGAAACUAAGUUCAACAUCCUGGAGAACCCAAAGGCACAGCUGAGUCAAUACGUGGACAGCACUCAGUCGGAGCUGGACUCCUUGUACGACGUGCUGGGCACGCUCAGUUCUAAAGAGUGGGAGAGCAUCCUAAACGAGCUAACACCGUUGAACGAUGAGAGCGCCAUCACAGAAGCAUUGGAUGACAUCUGCGAUGUAGCCAUAGACGAGGAGAAGGACCACCUGCAUGACGAUGAUGUGGACACGAUCAAGCACGAGCUGGAGGAACAGCUUGAGAACAUGCCGUCUAUUCAGCAAACGGAAGAGGAGGUUGAGGAUCUAGUCGACGAGUAUCUGAAUACGGAUUUCACGCAGCCUUCUUGUUAAAGUCAGGCGAAUCAUGAGGGUCUUAAUAAAAGGCAUGACGUUGAUCGGAAUAGUCAUGGUUGGGAUUUAUAUCCUUCUAAACAACUUGGUAGUUUCUAAAGUGAUUUUGAAACGUGUUUUCUUCAGAUAAGACGUUAUGAAUGAGAAUCGAAAAUCUGCGUUAGUAUUUCUGAACAAACAUGCCAAACAGGCUCAUGAUAUCUUAUUUACCUUCAUAAACCCAUGGUCCAAACACACUUUUAUAGGGUAUUAGAGAAAGCGUUUAAAAUACGGUUGCCUGUCGGCAGCCGCCGCAAAUGCGUUUGAUUCCAGUUCAAAAGUAGGUCGAUCUACAUAGUUUUGAUUGACAUCUAAACCAAAAACUACCUUUUAACAAUGGUAAAGUGUAUUGUUGCAGUCUUUAUAGCAUUAUAGGACAUCAUAGGAGUCAAAUGUAUUUACUGCAGUAGAUUUUUUAAGCACCCUGUAAAUACGUCAUCUUGUGUGCGGCAGGAGCACUACAUAAAAUUCUAUAUAAUGUCGAUUUGCGUACUAUACCUCAUUCGUAUUCCAUUUACGCCCAGACAAAACAACAUGCCCAAAAGCGAGAUUGUACAGGUCCGUAUUUUCCUCAACGGUAUAAUAUAAAAUAAAUGAUUAUUUUUAUAGAAAGAGGUGCUCAUACUUUUCACAAUUCUUUAUUCGCUGGAAGUACUUGAAUCAUCGUCCGAAGGAUAAUAUUAAUUAUUACAGGUUCAAUUUGAAUAUCGAUCAUAUUGUCCAGAUCCCAGAUCUUUGUUUCGAUUGUCACUUUAACAUAUCGGAUACAAUCUUUCCAAUGGCUUGCCGUCACUCUGUUGACAGCUUCAUGAAACAAAUUUUCCACGUCAAAAAUUUGAAUGUUAUAUUGUUUGAAGCCACAUAGUUUUUUAUAUUUGCCCAAAUAAUUUCAAGGGAUUUAAUUCGCAGUGAUAAGGCUUAAAACGGUCUUAUUUUGGUUUUUAACCAUUUCGUCCAUAACAUUGAGAUUAUAUUUAUAUUUGUGCUGCCUGGCUAGAUGGAUAAGUUCUGCUUUGACCAUAUUCUCAUUGAAACUGCCUUUUGAUGGAAGCCAUUGUUGAAUUUCUGAAUUUCUUGUGGACAUUGUGGAAAUGUUUUCUAGUUUUCUAGUGUGGUAUGCAGCAUUAUCAAGUACAAUGACGACAUUGUCGUCAAGCUUUGGGAGCUUUUUUUCAAACCAUCGUUUAAAUGAACUUCCGUCCAUUUCUUCAUGGUAGUCGGUCGUUUUCUUUGACUCAAAUGCCCAUAGGGCGAUGGCACAAAGCUAUCUUCACUGACAAUAUGACAUAACAAAUCGUUUUACUUUUCCUGGAAAUAAUUAUUUUCUAUAGUAUUCAAGAAAACUAAUAAUAAUAUAAGCAUAGUAUCUAACAGGUGUUGGCUCCAAAUCUACCAGAUAUACAUAGCCAAGCUUAGUUUUCAUCUUGGGCUCAUAGAUUCAGUCUACUUGACUCCACUUUUACAACACAAAUGACGAACACGUAUCUGACGGAUUAUUUAGGCCAGCGGUUACUCCAUCUAAGAGGCCCUGCUGAUUUAAUUGUAGAGUCAGCCUAUACUUUAGUACUAAGUAUUAAUAAAUAAAAUAAAUCUUCCUGCCCUGGUCUCGGUAUUUCUUUAUUGAUUUUAAAUAAUUUCUUCUCCAUAAAAUAAUCUCUUGGCUGUCCAUCAAAAUACUAUUUCUGCCAAGUUUUCUAUACUCAAAAUGAAGUUCUUUGAGUAAACUAUAGAAUGUGGUCCUUUUGAAAGUAGGUAAGUCUUCAUCACUAUUAACCUCCUACUUUUUACGUUUAUGGUGGGAAGUUCCUGCCUUUCAAAAAAUUGAUGGACUUUGUGUAUAAUUGCAUUCUGGUCAAGGUUAUCAACUGUAUCCAACAGCUUCGUGUAAUUCAGCCUUUUUUGUGGUGGAGACAAUUUUUUGUUAACAUUCUUUAACAAUGUUGAAAAUUGUCUUAGGACCUAAGCCUGUUUUGUUCGUCACACGUCUUUCAAUAUCAUGAAUUUUCAUUUCAGGGUGCUCUAAAAUUUCGCUCUGAUAAACGUUAAGGACAAUUUCUUUUAUCUGAAUAUUUAAAUGGCACUUCUUUUCACGUUUUCGAGGAGUAGACAUCACUGAAGAGGAAGCAAUGCCGAAGGAAGCAUUGGGAGAAAUAUUCUCAGUUUCAUCUGCUGUAUCCGUAGACGACAUCCUAACGUAUAAACACACGCUAUGUAUGCACCGAAUAUGAACAGCAACUGCCGGUGUCGGCGUGCCGGCGAUACCCCGAGCCUGUGUUCUAUCCUGUCCUUAAGCGACUGAUGCUUUGCCGUGCUGCAUCUUUGUUGUGCCGGGGCGUAAAUGGACUACGAAUAAGGUAUAGUUAGUCCCUAGUCCACGCCACGCACACUCCCAACCAUAUAGCUCAAGUGUCAUGACAUUUUUUAGGGAAACCUGCUUGUUUUCAUUGAGGAUCGGGUGCGGUUCAGGAUUCUUUGAAGAAAAAUUAUUCUUUCUCAAGUACAAUUGACUGUCAUGACAUGUCCAUGGUAGCGUAUCAAGUUAUUGCUAGCAGCAAUUUACUUUACUAUUAUCAAACGGUAUUUUUUUGUCGAGAUAACAAACAAAAUUAUGCAAAAACAUAUAUUCCUGCUGUAACUGAUCUACGUGCGGGAAGCUGCCGAUGGCAAACCAUAAUUUAACGACUUUCUCUACGAAUGAACUUUGACAUCACCUGCUUUGGACCAUGGCUUCAUCGUGAUGGUUAAAGUUUUAACGCGGAUUUAUUAGAAGUGAGAUUUGAUUCUCAUGCUUCGGCUCCUUACACCUUCAUGCAAAAAAUUGCCAAAUUAAGCCCUGAAACAUAAGUUACUUAGGGUAUAAUCCCAGCUACGCACAAUUACUUGGUGUUAAGUGUAGUGUAUUGAGACUUUACUGUAGAACAAUUACGACGUAUCAAAUUUCAAGACCAACCUUGAACUUACAUUUCGUUCAUGUCAAAUGAGUUUUUCGUAUCAAUUUCUGUUGAGUUCCUAUCUGUGUUCGCUGUCGCAUAUUUCUAACCAGGAAUUCAGUUUUCAAUUUGGACGGGUUUUUGUUUCAUAGCAAUUCCUGUUGACUUCCUAAUUGUGUUAUGCCUCGCAUAUUACUAGCCCGUUAUUCAUUUUGUUUGUGCUUAUUUCGAAUUUUGUUUGUUCCAUUCCAUUUUUAUUUUUGCCUAUAUUUAGCACUGUAUGUAACUUUGAUUGUUAGACAAUAACGCGCUAUGAAAUGCCUAUACAUCACACAGACUCCUAACCGCCUUAAUUAGGAUAUUUUACAUUGGUGAUUCUUUUGAACAGAGCCUCCAGUAGUUGUUCCCCUAUAGUAAGGUCUUCAUAUAAAUCAAGGUUCUAAACAGCCUUUCAAAAUAUAAUUAAUCUUUAUAAUCAUGGUAUAUAUUGAAUGAUAUUUAUGAUGCAUCUUAAGUCUCUUUGAACCUUGCUAGCAAAUGUGCAGGUAUUCAUUAAUUAAAAAACUUCAAUUUUAAUAGUUUAGGUUUUACUAAACUCGUUAUCGAGAAUAACUGUUUUGGUUUGAUUGCCCUUGGAAAUAUAGAAUGUUUCAUUCAUGUUUUAGGUUUUAAUUAUUCUAAUCUGAUAACGCUAUUAUGGAAUAAUCACAAAUCAGUUAUUCUCCAACUUUAUAUACUCAACAAAUAUUUUGCUGAAUAUAAUAAUUUCAUAAUUGGCAAAAAGAGAAAGAUCCAAUCAUUCAAUGUAAUCUUAUAUUGGUAUCCAAUUAUUUUGUAAUCUUUUUAAUAUUUCCUUAAUUACCUCCAGUUUUUGGCAUCACCAGCAUAACGAAAUUCGUAAAGGAAAAUAUUUUGGUUUCUAAGGAAAUACAGGAUUAUUUUCAUUCUUAGGGAGGAUUUGUGUAAUAAAAAUAUUUCAUUGAACUCAUCAUACAUUAUUCUAAAAUAGUCACAAAAUCAUUUGAUAUAUGUAAUCUUUCAGUACUAUCUUUAAUAUCAAUGCUUUAAUGAAGAUCGAAACAUAGUUAAUUUUUUCUUUCACAAAUAGGUGGUGGUCUAAAAUGACAUCAAUAAAAAGCAGUGAUUUUACUAUUUUUUAGUACUUGGGGGUGUAAGAUAUCCAAGCAAGAAAUUUCAAAAUUUGUAUCUUAGACAGCUCUACCUUCCGAGAUAUUCGCUAACAUGCUUAGCAACAUCUACAGAGUAACAUUCCUCAGGUGUUCCUGGGGAGACCCUUUAUAAUCAAGGGUGAGUAAGGUAACGGCUGAAACAAAUAAAUACCGCGACCAACUUGUGAGACAUUGUAUUAACACUGAACAACCGUAUUGGGGAUCUUAGUCCCAAAAUACAGGAUUAAUUAAACAAUUAAACAUAAAAAUACAUAGCCGCAUUUUGGUGCGUGCGACCGCCGCGUACUGGACUCGUUCUUCAGUUCCCCCUUCUACGUUCUUGUCCCACGAGCAACGUUGACCGCGCACUGUUGCGGCUACCACCUAUUUUUCCGUAACUUCACUACUCACUUAAACCUAGCCUGUCACAACAGUUAAUUUCAUUUGUCCAUUGAGAUGUUUUUAUUUUGUUUUUGUUCACGAUUGCACACAUAUCUUGGACGAUUCGAUAUUUUGGCCCUGAAACUAAGUUAGUAUGUUGCUGAGAAUAUAUGAAAUUAGCGAAUUCAGGACUACUGCUUCGAACCAUGAGAUAUUAUUCUUUACACUGAAGCUAUGCAGCUACUACAUUCGUAACAAAUUCCACCACGAAUUUCUGAUGUUUACAGCAACAAACAUUGUUUUGAAUCUUGGUUGGUCCUCGCCACCCUUAAAUUCCAGUUUCAACAAUUAUUUCGGUCUUCAAAACUUUUUUACUCACAAAUUAUUUCACUAUAUACGGGGGUGUCCAGUAGGAAAUUUCACGUUUUAACUUAAUGGAAACAAAAUAUUUAUUAUAUCAACGUAAUCGUAAAUUCGGCGGAUUUCAUUUCUUAAAUAUCAUUCCGUCCAAAUGCUUGCCAAUUCUUCGGAUUGGUGAUUAUUUCUCGUCGAAUGUUUUAUUUAAGCUCCUCCAGUGUUCGUGGAUUAUUGAAAUACACUUUUGACUUUAGAUAACCCCACAAAAAAUAAUCGCAUGGCGUGAGGUCGGGUGACCUAGAAAGUCAGUGAAGGUCUCCAAACUUCGAUAUAACUUUUUGAGAAAAAAGUGCUUUCACCGUGUCCAUCGAUUCUCUGGAAAUAUGGGCAGUGGCCCCAUCCUAUUGAAACCACGUGUUUCUGUUAAAUCGACGUUCUGUUCCUACAAAAGGAGCAAAAAAAGUGUCAAUCGUGUCCUUGUAUCGCUCGAAAUUGACUGUCAAUGCAUGACCGUUUUCAUCUUCAAAGAAAUUCGGCCCGAUAAUACCGCUAGAGGAUAUGGCGCACCAAACAGUCACCUUUGGACUAUGUAGCUGUUGUUGAUGUUUCUCUUUUGGGUUCGUUGGUGCCCAAUAUCUGCUAUUUUGCUUGUUCACAUAACCGUCUAAGUGAAAAUGCACCUCGUCACGAAAAUACUUUCCUUUAAAGCAUGGACUGAUUGGAUUUUAUAAGGAUGAAAACCCAUUUUUUCUUCAUUAUGCCUUGCAUUGUUGACCUAGGGAUUUCCAAAGCAGCGGAAUGCUUCCGUACAGAACGCCGAGGAUUUGCAAUGAUCGAAUCACUUACACGACGCACAUUUUCUUCGGUUGAUACAGUAGGUGAGGGGCCAGGAAUGGGUUGACUAAGAGUAGAGCCUUUUUCACGGAACCUCUUAAACCACUUUUUCAAUAGGUUCUUACUUGGGGCAUCUCUUGGUCGGCGAAUUUUGUAUCGAGUACAAAAUUUCCGAAGGGCAGCUGCGUAAGAAUCACGACUCUUAAAGUCAGCCUCGAUAGCAAAAGCACGUUGCACUCCGGUCCAACGUUCCUUGUGACUAUUUAACCCGCACGCCGAACGCGUCGAUCAAGACCUCUCCCCACUUCCUCGCGUAUACGGUUGCCGCGUAAUUAAAAUUUGAAAUGUGAACUUUCUCACUGGACACCCUGUACAUUACGGUAUGACUCAACUAAAUUGGCUUGCGCCUCUUUUUUCCUAGUAUAAGUGAGGAUAUUUAGUGCAAUCAUAAACAAAAGCUUGACUAUUUAUUUAGCAAGUUACACACUUAACAUUAUGUAUUGUCCGAAUUUAAGUAAUGCUCUCGAUAUAUCGAUACUGUUUUCUGUACACUACCUCUCUUACAAAGAAACCUUCAAAGCAAAAAAAUACAAAAAACACUCGUUUAAAAUGUUCAUUUGUCAACAUUCUCGAAAAUUUAGGUAUGGUUUUGUUAUUUGAUACUCCAAUAUAUUUUGCGAUGAAUGGACGUGAGAUGAUUAUGCUAUGAUCUGUUUCUGAUACAAAGAGUUAACGUAUUGAAGGCUUUAUUUUGAUUUGGUUUUAUCGAACAGUGCCUGAAACUGUACGACCAAAUCUCUUGAAUUUAGUUUCUAAAAGACCUGCGUAGAGUGUUAUAACUUCCUGUUAAAAAUAAACACAUUGCACGUUUUAAAUUCAGUUUGUAAUAUAUUUUUUUAUUUCAGUUACAUUUUGAUUGGAUUUUGGAAAAAUGAUAACUAUAUUAUAUAGGUCAUUUAAAAAGUGUAGCUAAAGUGACAUUACAUUUUUAUUAACUAAAGCAUUGCGUUUGUUCUGAACAGAAAGUUUAACAAAACUACUUCCUACACUAGCUCUAUAUUAUAGUCGUAGAUCAAAAUACCAGGCACAAAACAUAUGGAAUGUGACCACCGGAUUAAAUGUUCCAAUGGGCGCAAAGCUGUGAAGUGCUUUCUAUUUGAGAUACCGGGUAUCAAAAAUUGGUGCCUUAGUCCCUGUGGGUAAGCUUCAGCAUUUCGUGAUACGAAGUCGAUUAAAUGGGAUAAACGUUGCGCAUUUAGGUAACUCAGAUAAUGAUACUUAGAAAGUUUCGUAUUUUUCAAUACAAGGGUGGAUCAAAUUUAAACCGGAAUUCCUUUUAAUAUUGAACAUUUUAGGCUAUAUAGGCCAUAUCUAAACCGCUUUCAAAUAAAAUUAAUCUACGGCUGCUGUGUCAUGUGGAGCGGAUCGCAUCGGGCUAAAAUAACGCUUGUUAUAGUCAAUAAAUUAGAAAAUUUUCUGAAUGUCCUCCAAAGACUCUCCUCAAAAACCGAAGCUUAGGUUCGACAAUAUCAAUGUAUGACAAUAUAUAUAUUUUUUAAAUCCGAAUUAAAAACUAUUGACCUAUGCUAAUAUGCAAUUUAUUUUCAAAUAAAGCCAGGAGAAAAUAAAAAUGAUUUUGGGAAAAUUAGGAUUUUUCCACCUCUCUCCGGAAAUAAAGUGAAUUGCGAAACUUUCCAAGUGCCUUUUUCAUAUUUAUCUAAAUGCGCAACUUUUCCUCCAUUUAACCCACACCGCCUAUACGACGUCGUAUCUUUAACGGAUCCCGAAGUCGCAGUGGGGAUUCUAUAAUACUGUUAAUCAUCCUGGAUACAUUAAAGUUAGUCAAUUUUCGGAAAAUGUUACAGGCAAGCGUACCCACAGGGGCUAAGUCACCAAUUUUUGAGGCCCUGAGUCUAAAAUAGAAAGUAUUUCUGCAUGACACGAACUAUCACUAUACGAAUUUUUGUUGAAUUUGACUGGUGGUCAAACUCCAUGUUUUUGUCUGGUACUUUUUUCAUUUGUGUUGUAAAUACUUCAGACAAAUGAAAUAUUAUUGUUUGUGUAUGUUGAUGCAUUAGUAUUUGUUACUAAAUGAUUAGUAAUUUCAGCACAUUGCUAGAAUCCGGUGUAAUACACUGACUCUAAACCUCAAUGUUACUAAUAGUAACUCUAUAAGUAUAUAUGAUUAUACAGCUUAUCUUUAGAAAGGAGAAAUGAAUAUGUCAAUUCUUAGUAUCUUCGGUGUCUGAAGAAGUGAUGAGAUAUAUUAUGAAGUAACAAGACCAAAAGCGCAUAUUAUAUGUAAUGCUAUUGUAAAGGCCUGAGUAUUAAGAGGAUCGGCCUUAUGUUUGCAUUGUUACCUUCUGAAACCCUUGCAUUUUGUUUAUGGGCAUCUUAUUUUAGAUGUAGAAUAACUUAUACUGUUUUAUUCUGUGCUGCAUCACUUGUCAUGAAUAAUUUGAUGUAUCCAUUAAGCGUUGAAAACAGUGGACAAGAUUAAUUAAGCGUGUUUAGAAAGCACGCGGUAUAUUUACGUUUCAUUUACAUCGCAUCCGCACUAAUGAGAGCACUUCAUAAGUGUAUAAUAUACGUUAAAAGCGGCGUAAAUGAAAUUUUAAUACUAUAUAAUUCUUCUGUAUCAGACGAAUUCAAAUUUGUGGGCGUUUCAUUAAGUACCUUUGAAUGUAAUGUCCAUUUACAGUAAAUAAUAAAGUAUUUCUGGAAAGGAAUGCUUGAAAUGUUUUGACUUCAGUCGUGUGUGAUAAAAAAGUAAUAUUAAAUGCCUAUUUAAAUUUUAUUAUACGCAAUACUCAAUAAACAGUUCAACACUCUUCAUCUGGCGAAUUGGAAUACGUUUUCUUAAUCAAGACUGUCGUUGGUUACCAUGACGUUUUACUAGGUUUUCUUCAGUAUGAUGCAGAGACAUGGCUUGAAAAGUAUGUUCUUGAAAGAUAUGUGAUGUCAAUUGUUGGCCAAAUAAAGUGUGCUGUUAAAGUCAACCGCAGAACAAGAUUCAUAAAAAAAUACGUUAUAAUAAAUAAUCCUGGAUAUUAUCUAUGAAGAUGCUAUAAUGAAUAUCUUUAGUUCGUAGGUGUCUUCACAAAUAACGCUGAAUCGUCUCCCAGGAUACACCUAUCAAAUCAAAGUGAACUGUUAUUUAGAUAAUGUAAUGCUAAUGCUGUUUCUUGACAUGAAACUGAAGGCUGAACACUAGAGAUGGUCUAGCAAGGUGAGAUAUGUCACUAGUGUGAGAGUAUUUUAUAAAAAUAUAGGAAUAUAUAACAUAAAUAUGUACUCAACUAACAGUCGAAGCGGUUGCAACCAGAAUUAAGAGCUAAACUAUUUCUGGCAGCAGCGAUCUCACGACUAUGUCUACGAAGUUUAUGUGACAGAUAAGUAAUGAUGUAUCUGUCAACAGCGUGAAAGGUUAAUACCGCAACGUACAGUAGCGGAUAAAAGUUUGGAAACAUUCUUAGUAAUUUUUAAAAAGUGCUCUAAUUUUUUAUUCUUUAUUAUUAAGGACUAUUUUUUCUCAUAUAGUUUGCUUACAGUCUUGAGGAUACAAAUGACAAUUUGUGUUUGCUGUGGUACUACAGACUAGCAUUAAAAUACCGUCAUAUUAUUUUAUGACCAAAAAUGAGACCACAAAAGUGUGGAAACAUAUUUUUUAUUACAAAAUUGAAUUAAAUAACUUUACAAAAAUAUUUAAAAAUACUGUAUAGCUAAUACUUGGUAGCAUAGCCUUUAGCAUUCAACACUGCCUGACAUCUGCUUAUAAAAAACAACAUUUUUUUACAGAAGUCUGUUGGGAUAUUUUGCCAAAACUUUUUAUAAAGUUAAAUCAAUUCGUUCCUAAUUUUUAAAAGUUUUUGUUGUCAGUUGUAUUUUAACAUGCUCCCAGAGAUGGCAACUGAUAUUGGACGUCUCAGAUAUACCGUACCGUCAGAUCCAAACAAGUUAAAUUCGCUUUCAUCACUCCAUAAAACUGUAUUCCAUUGUUGUUCUGUCCAAGUUAGAUGAGUGUUAGCAAAUUCAACCCGAGCAACACUAUUGUUUUUAAAUGAGAGGCUUUUGCACUGGACGCCUUCCAAAAAGCCCAAAAUCCACUAAGCGUCUCUGCACUGUUCUGAUAGAAAGAUUCUCGGCACCCUCUUCUACGAUUCUUUUGGAAAUCUGUGUGGCUGGCAUUCGAGGGUCUUCAUGGGACAAACGUUUGAUGUAGCGAUCCAAAACAUAAUCGUUUUUUUUUUCGGUAACUUCGGCACCUACCUGGGCCGCGCUGAUGUUGAUCCGUAUUCUUGAUAUUUACUAAUAAUUUUCGAAAUCGUCAAUCUUUGAGAAAUGCCAACAUUUCUGAAACCAAUUCUAAAUAAUUCAAUUACUUUGUCUCUUAAAUCUUUUGAAAAUCCUUUUACUUUUGCCAUUUUCACUGAUAUUUACUGCACGCAAUAUCAGAGUACUGUAAGGUAAACCUUGUAUUAGUACGGGAGCCAAAGGUAGACUCUAGCAUUCAUAUUAUCUGUUCCUUCAUAAUUUUGAUUUAGGUAUAUCAAAUAGUUCAUAACAAUGUUAAUAUUUGUUUUCAAACCUUUGUCCGCUACUGUAUAUGGUACAUAAUCUAAGAGUUGAAAAAAUAACACCUGCGCGGGCUUUUGUAAAGUUCUCACUUUGGCAUCUGUUGUCGUUACCCAUUAUACCUUCAUCUGACAUAAUAGUGCGAAAAGUCAAUACCGCAACGUAUAUGCUAGGUUACGUUUCGUAACAGAAACGCUGAAAGCAUGAGUGGAGUGCAGAGAUCAAAAUAACAUCAUUGCAUAAUUUUUGUGAAGUGCCCAUUUUGCGCCUGACUUGCCAUGUCCUUCACAUGACAACAUAGCACGAAAAGUUUAUACCACAAUGUAAAUGCUACGUAUCUCAAUUAUUUCACUCGAAAAACCCAUUUCAAGGAGGCCUAGAUGCCGCUUUUUUGAUAUAAAGCUAUGCAAAGUGGUGUCGGGAGAUUUUGAAGUCCUGCUCAAGUAUCUACGUGUCUGAAUGCGUAUCUUCAUCCGAUACGCUGCUUGAAUCCAUUGUGCAGACAUUACAUGUGAUAUUUUUUUGUUAUCAUGAUAGCGAUGUAUGUUACUCGCCAAUUUUUUAGAAAUUAAACGUCAAUCGAAUUGAUGUGAACCAAUGAAUUCGAAUAGAUCAGGAGCCAAAAGCCUCUUUAUUUACAUUGCGUUAUUUGUGGCCAAAAUUGCGUAGCUUUUAUGCAUACUUUUGACUUAUUUGUCUACCAAUGCCUACCAAAGAGACAGCGUUGUAUCAACAUAAUAAUAAUAAUAAUUGCUGGUGGAAACAUCUACCUUCAUUAGGCUUGUACUGCUCUUUGCAAAUUAUGUAAGAAGUAGUGCGUUUUGAAAAAACAAUUAUUUGCAAACACUCGCUUUUUUAAGAAUAACACGAAAACUACGAAUUAAUUGACAGAACUGUCAUGCGCCCUUUGAUCCUCACUAUAGACUAUGAGAAUGAGGAAACAAACAAAAUCCUUGGCUGACUCCUACCUAGUCUGAUUUCGUUAAUCUGAACCAGGAACUAAAAAAUUGAAACGUUACUUAAGCAUUUCAGAAAAGCUAGGUGCGAACUUGAUAAAUCCCUUUCACGAUUACUAAUUCAAUAGAAUAGAAGCCAGCUAGACCUAGCAAUAUUAUAAUGUAGUCUAUUGUCAGGCCCAUUUUUCUGAAUGAUGAUUUCAAACCCAAUAAAUCACUGCCAGAAUCUCUCAGAUGAAGUAUCGAUUUUUAUAUAAACCUUACAAACUGGUAAAAGUUACUUACAAUAAGUAUGUAUUUCUUUAUAGCAGCAUUAUCUCGUUUUCCAGUUUAAGUGUUUUCGGUAUGCAAGGCAGUAAACUUCUAACAUAUGUACAUGCAUUAAAUUAGUACUGCUUGGCAGUAAUGUGAUCUAGAUUAUCAGAUAAAUAUAUGAAU